CUCCUGUUCAUACUGACCAUUAGAAGACUACAUUCAGGCAUUCGCGAGGUCAGCUACGUUUUCUCUCCGUGAUCGAAACAGCUGCAGUCACAGUGAGAGAGGCCCAAACAAAGCUUUUACACCAGCAGCUCCUCACUGAACCCCGCUAGAAACAUCUCCAAAUCUUAAAGUGGCCCCAAACUGCCGUCUCUUCAUUACACUUCUCAUCAAUAACCACAAGCUGCUGAGAGGAAGCCAUGGCGCCAAUCAUCCAGAUCAUCCAGAUCCUGCCUCACCACUACAUCCACGUGCUGGACCAGAACACCAUGGUCACCCGCCUGGAGACCGGACCGCUCAACUACAUCCACCAGGUCAAUGAAAGAAUGCUCUUCUCUCCGAAGCGUAUGAUCACGGUGCCGCCACGUUACUACUGCAUGGUCGCCAACCCUGUGAAACGGGAUGAUAAAGAUCAGGUCCUAUUCGACAAAUCCGGUUGGGCCAAACUUCGCCACGGCGACCAGGAGACCCGUCUGACCCAGGAUCCGUUCCCGCUGUACCCCGGAGAGGAGAUCCAGCAGGACGUGACGCUCCUGCCGACGGUGGAAGCGGGAGAAGCGCUGCGUCUGAAGGCGCUGCAGGACUUCGAGGACGAGCGAGGACAGAAGAGAGCAGCUGGAGACGAGUGGCUGUUCAAAGGACCGGGAACCUACAUCCCGAGGAAGGAGGUGGAGGUUCUGGAGACCAUCAAGGGUCCAGACUCAGGACGUAUCCUUAAAGUCGCAGGGACGGUUGCCGGCAUCGCAGCAGGUGCAGUGGGAGCUGUGGCCCUGGCCCCUGUUGCACUGGCAGCUGUGGGUUUCACCUCAGCCGGCAUAGCGAGCGGCUCCAUCGCUGCAGGCAUGAUGUCCAGCGCCGCCAUCGCUAACGGAGGAGGAGUAGCAGCAGGAAGUCUGGUGGCUGUUCUGCAGUCAGCUGGUGCAGUCGGUCUGUCAGCGACAGCCUCUGCAGCUGUUGGCAGCGUCGGAGCAGCAGUCGGAGGAGCAGUCGGAGGAGCAGCUGCUUGGCUGACCGGAGUCUUUCGCAAAAAAAAACGACGACCAACCCUGAAGGAAUAAGAUUAAUAAAUGUUUUUGUACUUUUCACAAAAACAUUAGUUCACUCAAUAAAUGGAGCUUUUUUAUUUUUAUUAAAGUGCAAUAAAUGUGUCAAAUCUGUGUCUGUCAGCCACUCGACACUAAACCACUCCCAUCUGAUUUAUAAUAACUUUAUAAACACUUUGUGCCUUUUGUUUUGUAUUUACUAUGAUUCCUGAGUUAAUUAACUGUGAAACUGAAAAGCCACAUUGUGGAUGCAUUAAUCAAUAAGUUAAUUUCAUAUAUAUAUAUAAAAAAAAAAAAAAUCAUCCUCUGACUGCAAUCCAACUGUUAAUCAUUUCA